GUUUACAUCAUCGACAAAGUCGAAAGGAAUGCUUUGCAAGUGAAUGGUCAUCCGGCCUUCGCGACCGAGUAUACGCUUUCCAGCAAUGGUAUACGUGCCAUGGACGUAAGGACGAAUACAUGGUGUGCUGGUGGUGGUAGUUUAGGGGAUGGGAGGUGGAUUGAUAUCGGUGGCAAUCCAGGCGUCGACGGUUCGUUUGAUGGUGAUGGCGGGUUUGCCGUGAGGUUCCUUACGCCUUGCGAUAACGGUGGAUGCCAGUGGGAUGAUAAUCCUGCUAAUGCCUUGUCGACGAGGAGGUGGUAUCCUGCAGUUGAACCAAUGAAUGAUGGAGGUGUGAUCAUUAUCGGAGGGACCAAGUUUGGUGGUUACGUCAACGACGCAUCACGUAACAACCCUACCUACGAAUUCUACCCAUCUCGGGGUGGGAUCAAAACGCUCAACCUUUUGGUCAACACCCUCCCUGCCAAUUUGUACCCCUUGACUUGGUUGUUGCCUUCUGGACGGCUCUUCAUUCAGGCAGGUCGGGGUACAGCUAUCUUGGAUCCUAACAGUGGCACUGAGACCAGGAUUGCGGACGUUCCUGCCGCUGUCCGGACUUACCCGGGAAGCGGAGCGAGCGUUCUUCUCCCUUUGACCCCCGCUAAUGGUUACACCGCAACAAUCCUGAUGUGUGGAGGACAGAACAUCAAUAAUUGGACGCCGUCGCCUUCGUUGGUGAAUCGCCCCGCGAGCAACAAUUGUGUGAGGAUCACGCCGGAUGGUGGAGGCAGCUGGAGUGGGGAUGCACCCUUACCUGAGGGGAGGACGAUGGGGAAUUUCAUUCUUUUGCCGGAUGGUAAGAUUUGGUUGGGCAAUGGGGCUAGGACCGGAACGGCUGGAUAUGGAACGGGAUCGUAUUUAAUUGGGAGCUCGUUUGCUAAGAAUCCACUUCGGACGCCAGUGAUCUACAAUCCCGCUACGAGGUCGUUCAGUCGUGCGGGACUUGGAACGAGUAGCGUCGCGAGGAUGUAUCAUUCUUCAGCUAUCCUUCUUCCCGAUGGUUCUGUCUUCAUAGCAGGUUCGAAUCCUAAUAAUGAUGUCCAAACCCGGCUUUUCCCCACUGAGUACCGAACGGAGAAAUUCUUCCCGUGGUACUACAACCAUGCAAGGCCUCAACCUAUUGGGGCGAUCCCGGGACGAUUGUCCUAUGGAGGCAAUUUCUUCACGAUUCGGUUGAGAGGGGCCAGUUUGCAAGGGUUGACUCCUGGUGUGGCUGCGACGAGAAGUAAAGCCGUUAUUAUCCGGACUGGGUUUUCGACCCAUGGGGUGAACAUGGGACAGAGAUAUUUGCAAUUGAAUAGCACUGCGGCCCCUAACUCGGAUGGCUCGAUCUCUUUGUUCGUCUCUCAAGUUCCACCGAACCCUGCGCUGUUUGCGUCCGGACCUGCAUUUUUGUAUGUGGUCGUCAAUGGAGUGCCUAGUAUUGGGAGGCAGGUGAUGAUUGGGAACGGAAUUGGGUCUCAGCCGACACUCCCUGUGCAGAGGUUGCCGGGUCCUUGA